AGGAGGCGGCCCUAGCGCCAUUUUGUGGGAGCGAAGCGGUAGCUGGGCUGCUCCUGGAACCGUCGCUGCUUCGGGUUCCCUGUCGGGCUUCCUAGCAGCGGCCUAACGGAAAACUAAGAGAAGAUGUCUGAAUAUAUUCGGGUAACCGAAGAUGAGAACGACGAGCCCAUUGAAAUACCAUCAGAAGACGACGGGACCGUGCUGCUGUCCACGGUUACAGCCCAGUUUCCAGGGGCCUGUGGGCUGCGCUACAGGAAUCCAGUGUCUCAGUGUAUGAGAGGCGUCCGGUUGGUGGAAGGAAUUCUGCAUGCUCCCGAAGCCGGCUGGGGAAAUCUGGUAUAUGUUGUCAACUAUCCCAAAGAUAACAAAAGAAAAAUGGACGAGACGGAUGCUUCUUCAGCAGUGAAAGUGAAAAGAGCUGUCCAGAAAACAUCUGAUUUAAUAGUGUUGGGUCUCCCGUGGAAAACGACUGAACAGGAUCUAAAAGAAUAUUUUAGUACCUUUGGAGAGGUUCUUAUGGUUCAGGUCAAGAAAGAUCUCAAAACUGGUCAUUCAAAGGGGUUUGGUUUUGUUCGUUUUACGGAAUAUGAAACCCAGGUGAAAGUAAUGUCACAGCGACAUAUGAUAGACGGACGAUGGUGUGACUGUAAACUUCCUAAUUCUAAGCAAAGCCCAGAUGAGCCUUUGAGAAGCAGGAAGGUGUUUGUUGGGCGCUGUACAGAGGACAUGACCGCCGAUGAGCUGCAGCAGUUUUUUUGCCAGUAUGGAGAAGUGGUAGACGUCUUCAUUCCCAAACCGUUCAGGGCUUUUGCCUUCGUUACGUUUGCAGACGAUCAGGUUGCCCAGUCUCUUUGUGGAGAGGACUUGAUCAUUAAAGGAAUCAGCGUCCAUAUAUCCAAUGCUGAACCUAAGCACAAUAGCAAUAGACAGUUAGAAAGAAGUGGAAGAUUUGGUGGUAAUCCAGGUGGCUUUGGGAAUCAGGGUGGUUUUGGUAACAGUCGAGGGGGUGGAGCUGGUUUGGGAAACAAUCAAGGUAGUAAUAUGGGUGGGGGGAUGAACUUUGGCGCUUUUAGCAUUAAUCCGGCAAUGAUGGCGGCUGCCCAGGCGGCACUGCAGAGCAGCUGGGGCAUGAUGGGCAUGUUAGCCAGUCAGCAGAACCAGUCAGGCCCAUCGGGUAAUAACCAAAGCCAAGGCAACAUGCAGAGGGAGCCAAAUCAGGCCUUUGGUUCUGGAAAGAACUCCGAUAGCGGUUCUAAACCAGGUGCAGCCAUCGCUUGGGGACCCGCAUCAAAUGCAGAGUCAGGCAGCGGUUUUCCUGGAGGCUUUGGCUCAAGCACGGAUUCUAAAUCUUCCAGCUGGGGAAUUUAGACAGUGGGGUAGGUAUAGACUGGUAGGAAUUCAAAUUUUUCUAAACACAUGGUAAGUAUAUUGUAAAAUACAUAUGUACUGAGAAUUUUCAGAAUUGGUCUGUUCAGUGUGGAGUAUAUUCAGCAGUAUUUUUGACAUUUUUCUUUAGAAAAAGAGGAAAAGCUAAAGGAAUUUUAUAAGUUUUGUUACAUAAAGGGUUGAAAUAUUGAGUGUUUGAAAGUGAACUGCUGUUUGCCUGAUUGGUUAAAAAAACAAAAAACAAAAAACCCAACACACUACAAUUGAUAUCAAAAGGUUUCUCCUGUAAUAUUGUAUCCCUGGACUCGUCAGGUGAAUUCUUUGUGCGUGUUCACUAUGGAAACCAUUCAUUAUAAGUACAUUCUUUUUUCCGUGUUUUAAUUGGAACCCCACCACAUUCAUUCCCCACCCCCAGGAAAACCUCCUUUUUGGAGAUCAUGGUGUCACAGUGUUUGGUCUUUUUGCUUUCGUUUGUAGUUUGUGACACUUGUCUCCCUUCCUAUGCAGAAGUACAGUAUGAAGCCUUCAUUGAAUCUGUGCCGUUCAUCUCAUUUCAAAUGUUUACGGGAGAAGCACUUCAUUGAAAGCAGUGCUGUAAAUAUUCUGCCAUAGGAAGGAAUGUUUCCGUCUACUUGCUUUCUCACUCUUGAAUUCGUCUUCACACCAUACAGGCUGUGACUUUGACCUUGGGUGUCCCAUCUAUAUCCACUACUCUUUAUUUCGCGGAGUCGUAUCCAUGCUACGAAUGCAAGGGUGUGCUAUGGAACCAGAAGGCUGUUUGAACUUCUGAAACCUUGUGUUUUCUGAUCCUCGUGUGCGACCGACAGUGGUGCCAAAGUACGAAAGGCUAGUGUGAGUGAGAAAAGGAGAGAGUGUGUGCAGAGACUCAGUGGCGGUGGCACACGAUGGAUAGAUUUUUUUUUAACCUGGCGAGAUGCAUCUCUCAGUCCCUUGGCCUCGGUGCAAGAGCGUGCCGAGAGCAACGAUAGCAAAUGACGUGCGAAUGUUUUCUGCAUCCAAAGGACAUCCACACCCGUUGGAAGACGUUGGAAGACGUAAAGAGAGUUUUGUUCUCAGAGAACCCCAUUAGUUGGAUGUGUGAGGUACUUGUAUUUCCCCUGCCCUUCCGUCAGCUGCUGUGAACGCCGUAUGGUGUGUGUUGUGUUCUGUUCCCGAUCUGUUAAGUGUGGUCCCGUGAACACGGACUGAGCUCGUGGUGUGCUUCACGGGAGUACUCGGAAGCAGAGCUCAUCAGUGAGCUCGGGGUGUCACCACGAAGGGUGGAAGUUCUAAUGUCUGUCAGGUAGCCAUAAGAAUGUGGUCUAAUGCAGUUCUGUGUCCCGUGCUUGGAUGGUCUUUAUAAGAGUUGUCAGUGUUGGGAAUUCUUAAAUAGAACGGAUUUAAAUAAUAUGUGUCUUUGUUUUGCAGCCCUGAAUGCAAAGAAUUCAUAGCAGUUAAUUCCCCUUUUUUGACCCUUUUGAGAUGGAACUUUCAUAAAGUUUCUUGGCAGUAGUUUAUUUUGCUUCAAAUAAACUUAUUUGAAAAGUUGUCUCAAGUCAAAUGGAUUCAUCACCUGUCAUGCAUUGACACCUGAUACCCAGACUUAAUUGCUAUGUUCUUGCAUUGUCCAAAGUGAAAAGUUUUUUUUUUUCUUUUUAAACCUAGUUUUUAAUAAGUCUGGGUGACCGCACCUAAAAUGGUAAGCAGUACCCUCCAGUUUUUUUAUUAGUGCCUCUGUGCAUUUGGGUGAUGUUCUAUUUACAUGGCCUGUAUGAAUCUCCAUUGGGAAUCAUGCCUUCUAAAAAUAUUCUUAUUUGGGGGGAGUGGGAAAAACGACGUUGAUUAUUUUCAAAUGCUUUGUAGCAAAGCAUAGCAGUUGGAAAGGAGGGCAUUUCAGCACCUUUCUAGUUUGGGAUUUGAAAAGUGGAAUUAAUUGCAGUAGGGAUAAAGUAGAAGAAACCACAAAUUUAUCUUGUGCCUGAAGUCCAUUACAAAGCCUGAUAGCUUUAAGAACUAGCAGGGUGGGAUGUCUGUCUGAAAGUGUUAAGUGAAAUGGGCUUUGUCCUCCACAGGUGGGGGAAUAGAGUAACGUUGAAUGAAAUCGUUGACAGAAAACUCAGAUUAGACUCUCACGGCGCAUUGUGCAGUAUGUAAAAGCAAUAAUCUAUGAUUCUCUGUUGUACUUUUUAUGUAACUGCUGUGAGAGUUGAGCUUGUUUUCUGAUGGAAGAAUGUUAACAUUUUUGUGUCGGUAGCUUACCUGAUGCCCUUCUCUAAUUAGAUGAUGGUAACUAGGUUUGUCAUUUUUCAAGUUACGUGUUUGAAGCUUUUAGAAAUGAAGUCGUCCUUUAGACUUGUGAUCGCCACGUUGUUUCGUUACUCAGUUUCCUCUGUAAAAGGAUCUUGCAUUGUUUUAAUUUUUUUCUGCAUCUCCAUUGCAUGAUUUCCAAACCCUGUACCAUCUGAAUUUUGCAUUUUAGCACUUGCACUGUUACUCAGCAGCAGUAACUUGGUAACACUUAAAAUGGUAUUCGGGGACCUCCAAAGACUAAACUGACAAGCCUUCAAGGAGCCCAGGGGUAAGUUCACUUGUCAAUGGCAUGGUUUUAAUCCCUUACUUGCACUUGUUGUGAAUCUAGUUUCCGGUCUUAGAAGGCUUUCAAUGUGCAGCAGCCUUCUGUUAACAAUGUUUGUGGUACUAGUAGCUGUGGGUAUUUAAUUCUACCCUUAAAAUUAAAAAAAAAGAAAGAAAGAAAUGAAGUCUAGAAGUAAAACUAUUUGGCAAAGAUUUGUUUUUAAAAUUAAAAGUCUUAUUUGGUCAUCUCAAUGCAUUCAUUCUUAAAACUUUUUUGAACCAGUUGAAUAAAAAAUUUGUUGCCACCACAGUUUAGUGUCUGGAGUCUUACUGGAAAAAUUCAAUUUCUUUUUUAUAUGUGACAAAGGUGAUGGAAAGUUACUUUGGAAAAGUCUCAAGAAGUUCCCCUUUGAUAUGCACAAGAGGAAUCAGGCAGAAACUCAAAAUGAAUUUUUACAUGAGUGGUAAAUAUUUGGCUAGAAUGAAACUCUUCGUUAAGUGUUAGCUAUUAAAACUUUAAGGAGGAAUAGCCAGCCAAAAUGACCUGAGAUCUUUAAGGUUAGGUGAGCUUAAAUUGUGUCCUUAGGGAAAGUAUCUUAACCGCUUGAUAAUUCCAAAGAUGUAUGUGAUAAUUAGAAUAAUUUGUUGUUGAGUGCCAGGAGAGUAGCUCUUCAUUGUGUAUGAGUUCUAUACUCAGCUCUUGUGAUUUGUGAUCUGUUGUUUUAAGUAUGCCCGAGGAUUUUCGUGUUCAUGGUGAGAAUUAAAAAAAACUACAGACUUACCUAUGCUAUGGCCACUUAGUUCUGAUGUCGUAGUUCUUCAGGAAUUGCCACAUUUGAUUCAGCUGUCUUCUGAAUUUGAACAUUAUUUAGGUUAUUAUUUCCAAGUGCCGGGAACAUCCUCACAGCUGAAUUAAAUUCUUAGCGUUGGCGUUACUAGGUCAAAGACUGCAUGCUUUCAGGGCUUUUCAGAUACAUUGCCAAGUUGUCCUUUAGAAAACCUGUGUUGUCUUUGACACUGUGAAAUGGUGCCGUUCUGUUUUUCUUGUCUGCCAGUUGGAUAAGUGAAAAAUUAUAUCUCGCCAGUUGAUGGCAUUGGUUUUGCACAUGGGAAUCAGUCAAUACCUGACCUGAAGUAUUGAUGUUUCCGUUUUAUCUACAAAAUCACGAUUCUAGGUUAUCCCUGAACCAGUACUGCUAUAAUAUAUAAAGCUCUGUUAGAGAUCAAGAACAAGUCCCCAGACAAUGGAAGAGUUGUCAGAGAACAUGAACGGGCAGUUUAUGGAAAUGCAGAUAUCUGGUGCAGAUACUGCCCUUUGUAAGUCAUGAAAUGCAGAUUUAACUGGUGAUUUUCUGUGGGAUUGGCACAGGUGAUCUCACUUGCCUAUGUCCCCUCGAAUCCGGCAGGAAGCGGUGAGAAGCCCCAAGGGAGGGGCACCUGUGGUGGCCUUCUUCCCCGAAGUUUGCUUUUGGUUUUGGCGGUAGGGCAGUAACUGCCAUGUUCAUGUCUCUCGGGUCACGUUGCUGCUACGGCCUUUUAAAGGGGUUUCUAAAAAGAAUCCUUUUCUGAUUGAAGACACAACGAAUUAAAAGUUAUUAAUUAUGUUCUUGAUCCAGGGAAUAUAGUUAACAACUUUUGUGUAGACCCCAUACUGGUUUGCUUCCCCACAAUUCAUGGAACCCCAGGACACUAUUCCUCCCACAAACCAUGUCUGUGUCUCGUUAUCUAGAAACACUAAUGCCCCUCCACUGUCCCCUUUGCAGCUGUCCUUGCCCCCGCCUUCUAAGCCAGCGCAAAGCAUGUUUUCUGUCACCCUCCCCCCUGGAUAGGGCUGCUUUUCAUACGCAGCAGUACAUUUCUGGUGAUCGACAGUUGGAAUGUCAACAAACAUUAGACUCCUGGCAAGAAAACCCCUUUGGGUUAAUCCCCAUCCAGACACGGUUCCAAUGUCAUUUGUCCUCAUGAAGGAUUCGGCUUCUUUUCGUGGCAAACAGAUAGGCAGGAUGUUGCUAUUGAUUACAACUCUGUUCUUCAACUUAAUCAGUGCUAUGUCGUUAUCAAAGCCAGCAUCAUGAGUAUAGCCUUCGUGUAUAAAAAUGGCCUCGGCCCAGGCUUGUGUAUAAUGAGCUGACAGUCUCUUCAGGGCACCCAUUCUGAUCUCUAAGGAGGAGGCAUCUUCUUUUUGCUCAUACACAGCGUGAGCAGCUGUGAGGAUCCAGUUGUCCUGUAGGAGUGCGCCUGCUGCCGUAGUUCGACCUAGUAAUAGGACUUGCCAGGGAAAAUCGCCAAGCUUUGCGUUUUGCCCUCCAUAUAUACGCCCUCUUACGGUGCGAGUUGAUAUUCCGCAAACUAGGGAAAGAAGCAGAUACAUAGAGCCUUUAUAGAAACCCAGUGGUGUUUUUUUUCCGUAAUCAUUCCCACUUUGGAAUUGUAUCUAUUUAAUAUCAUCCAAAAAUAUCAUCGGGUGAAUUGGUGGGUGUCCACCCACACGGGCAAGUGAGACUGCUUUAAAACGGCACAGUUCGAACCUGAGGAGGAAACCUUUUGGUGUUAGCAUUAGCUUCUCAGAAAAUGAGGUGUAUGAAAAUUAGCUUUUAGAAACUAAUUUGUUUUGCUGAAAUAAUUUGGCCUACACGAUAGGGAGUAUUAAUAGGGCAGACAGGAAUUGUCUGGGCUGAUGUACUGGGGUGAUGUGAUUACAAAUCCAGUGAAAGGAAAUAACCUUUUCAUUGCUUCUGUUUUCCUGCUUGUAAAAUGGGGUAUUUACCCUGUAGUUCUGGGAAAGCAGGAACUAAGGUCACUGUUGCAGGAUUUGCAAAAUCACUUUCGCCUUUGAACAUUUAAACGUUUUGCAAAUCAGAAUGUUGGCAGUUGUAGCCAGGAACCUUCAGGUUCGGAAAUUACUAUUUUAGUCUAGUUGGUUCUUCCAAACUAAAUUUUCCUGUGUGUAUUGCUAACUAAAUACACUCAAUGUAGCAAAUAUGUCUCCUGUUGUGGCAGAAUACUUGCACUAAAACGUACAAAUGUUGUGUCAGCUAAGAUGUAGUUUUUUUAAGAAAACUAAUUUAAGUCAGAUAACGCAGGAGUAAUGAAUACAUUAUUACCUUUCUGAUUUUUUUUUUAAUCGCUGUACUCAACUACAUCUUCAGAGCCAAUUCUGGCAAAAAAAAAUUUUUUUUGGGUACUAUUCAAAAGGCAGAUUGCAUUAAUGUUAAAAACUAGAUGUCGUUGAAAACAGUUGCUUAGGGAAAUGAGUUAUUAGCUUUGGGUUUUAAUAGUUUCACAGAGAAGAAAAAGUUAACUCCACAGCAGGACUUGUGUUUAUAAAUGUAAAUGGUUCAAGAUAAUUCUUAAAAUCGUUUCAUUUUUUACGCUCGCCUAGUUGUGAAGUCAAAAAUAGUCCAGUGACUGACGUGCAGUCGACACCUAGCAGCCCCUCCGCAUGGAAAGGGGAGAGUGAGAACGUGUUAUCUGGAAAUAAUAACUUGGUGUAAGAGCCAAGUGCUGAGGUUCCAUUUCUGCCCAACACCAGCCAGAGCUCCGCUCGCCUCCCGCCCAGCUGUACUUUCCAUCAAUUACGCGUCUCUUGUGUAAAUGUAUCCAUUACCAGGCUCACAGACUGGGAGCGAUUUUUCUCCUUUGGAGCUCGUCCAGAAUCCAUCAGCCCCACACACAUAUUUACCUGCAAAUCAUUGGAAAAGCAAAAAUGUUUAACUGCAUGGAGAAGGUGGUUGUCAUUUGCUUGAAUAGCCCCUUGAAGAAUGUUGAUUCUGGAGCAUCAUCGGGAAAGAGAGGUGUCUGAAUAACCAUUUUACAUGAUUUCAUAAAUAGGAGGUCUCUGCAUUAACCAUGUUUGCCUGCAAAGUGGAAACCUUUUAGAUGUGUAACUUGAAUAUGUAUCAAGAUCUCAAGUGCUUAAUGAUAAGGUUUUGACUUGUUAAAUUAAACCAUUUGGAAUAUA